UGAAAUGGCUGAAAAUAAUCGCUGACUGACUAGUAAAUGAUGGAACAUCAGCUGUGUCGUAACAGUUCGCUAUAACUAAAUGGACUUGGAGCCCAGCUUUCAAAAAGAAGGAUCACCCUAAUUGCCCAUCAUGGUUGCUACAGAGGCUAUGCCUGAUGAAGCAGAAUGUCCUGUAUUCGAGAUCCAGCAAGAUUUUUUUCAAGAAGCAAAAACUCUCAUUGCCCAACAUUAUGAAAAAAUAAAUGAGAAUAAAGUUCAAAGUACUUCUAUAAAUGUUUUUAAAAAUAAACAUCAAAACCCCAAAUCUGGCAAAUUCAUACCUUUGGAGAUUAAAAAAAAGGAAGCACUUGAUGUGGUCCAAGAAUUUCGGACAGCACACAAAAGUAUUUGUUUUCCCAAAUACCUGUUCAAAAGUGAACAUUUUAAGGAGCCCUCACAACGAACUUCUUUUAAGGAGCCAGACAUUUUUAGUGUAAAGGAAAAAUUCAAGGAUUGUAUGGAUCUAAUCACGAAAGAACAAGUUAAACUGGGUAAAAUAGUGACAAAUAUUGAAUCAGUGGGUAAAAAAAUGGAGAAAGAAAAGCAUCAGCACCAUGGGAAGUCCAGAUUGUUGGUCUCACCAUUUGCCACCCACAUCAUCAACAUUGGCUUGCCCUUAAAAUCCAUGACCUCCUCUUCCAUGGGGCUUCUGAAAGAAUAUGACAAAACAUUCUCCGAUUGGAAAGGAAUCAUGCCAACAAAGUCUUCCCGUUUGACUCCUCCCCCAAGCUGGCCUAGUUUGAAUGGGUCAUCAUCAGUGUUUCGGGAUUACUGUCCUUUUGAAGUGGACUGGAGUGGAUACUGGGUGGGCAUUAAUAGGCCUUUUGCAUCAGUCCAGUUAGAGGCUUGUAUCUUAUCCUUGCAAACCAACUAUAUGGGGGGCGGUGUGAAUGGCCCCCGGCUGGGACCUGCAGAGCUCGAUUCUGUCGUUGUGCCUCCUGCUGCUGGAGUUCACCAGGAGCUGGUCCAGCUCCGACAACGAUGUGUGCACCAGAAAAUCUUAAAGAAGAAGGAACAACAGCCUAUCAAACCAAAGCCAGGACAAAAGCCAGGACCUGGGCUGAAGUCUAUUCUAAGUAAAAGUGGCAAACUCGACAAUAAAGUUAAAAGGAUUGGACCACACAUAGAAAUUUUCCAAGUGUUCCGGGAAAGGACCAAACUCAUAAAUAACAAAAAAGUAGUUAGAAUGAUCACCAUCAUGCAAGCCUAUGUCAGAGGAUGGCUUGAACGCAAAAGAUUGCAGAGAAUAAUGAUCAAGGCUUUGUCUCAUGGACCAAAUUUGAGAGCAGUUAUAAAGAUGUAUCAUAGACAGAUCCAUCGUGUUAAAUAUCGACUUGGUCUUUGGAGGACAAGACAAAUUAUAAACUUUGCAGAGCUAGAGGAAUGGAUGGACAGAAAAAAGUUCUAUGAAACAAUGUUUGCUAAGAGAGAAGAUUGGCAAGGACUAGAAAGAAGUGAGCUCCUCAAGUUCUUCAAUGACUGUGGUCAUUUCCCAACCCAGCAGCAAAUUGAUGAGGCUUGGGACCUGGUCCAUAGAGACCAUGAGAAAUAUUCUGAACUCAUCAAGAAGUACAAUGCAAUUGAAAUGUUAUUUACGCUCUAUCCUCCUCAAGGUGCCCAUGUGCAUAAUAAUAUACGACUUAGGUCAACUUGGCUGAGACCCAUAGUAAAUGGGGAAGAAGGAUACAGAUAUAUAGUGAAUGGACAUCCAAUACUCAAGAGAGCUAACAUCCGAAUUGUUGGAAAGUUAGUAUCCAGAUCUAUAAGAGAAAGGAAAAUGAGACAUUUAUCGUGAGAAGUAGAAUAAUGUUUCAAUACAAUUUCAUUAUCUUAAGAGUUGAACCUUUCUACCCAAAGAGAUUAUGUUAACAUCAGCCAUGGAUUAAUUAUGUAUCACCAGGAAAAAAAUGACAAGCAUCUCUGGACAUCAAAGAAAAGAUUUGAACAAGUCAGUUCAUAAUUUCUAAAUAUCUUUGGAUGAACCAUUCAUUGGAUCUUCUUCAUUAAA